AUGCCGCACACCAUUGCUUUGGUUUCAGAAUACAGGUGCUUUUGUGCCCCUCAUUGCCUUCAAUACGCUAAGCUCAGUUUCUAUUUGCACAUUUCAGCAAUCUCCAACUUCCAGUACGACAAAUUCUUUGAGAAGAAGAUCGAAGAGAAGAAGGCUGAUCACACGUACCGUGUCUUUAAAACUGUGAACAGACGAGCCACGGACUUCCCCAUGGCAGACGACUACACAGAGACUCAGAACUACAGGCGAGACGUUUCGGUGUGGUGCAGCAAUGACUAUCUGGGGAUGAGUAGUCACCCAAGGGUCACCCAGUCAAUAAUGGAUACUUUACGAAAACAUGGCUCUGGAGCAGGAGGUACACGGAACAUAUCUGGGACGAGUAAAUUUCACGUGGACCUCGAGUAUGAAUUGGCUGACCUGCACAGGAAAGACGCAGCUUUGCUCUUCACGUCCUGCUUUGUGGCUAAUGACUCCACCCUCUUCACACUAGCUAAGAUGCUUCCAGGGUGCGAGAUCUACUCGGACGCUGGCAACCACGCCUCCAUGAUCAUGGGCAUUAAGAACAGUGGCGCCAAGAAGUUCAUCUUUCGUCACAACGAUGUGGAACAUUUACGCGAGCUGCUGAAAAAGUCCGACCCGUCCACACCAAAAAUUGUUGCUUUUGAGACGGUCCACUCCAUGGAUGGGGCGGUGUGUCCUCUGGAAGAGAUGUGUGAUGUCUCCCAUGAAUACGGUGCCAUCACCUUUGUGGACGAAGUGCACGCCGUGGGACUGUAUGGCGCAAGAGGGGGUGGCAUUGGCGAUAGAGACGCAGUCAUGCACAAGAUGGACAUCAUCUCAGGAACCCUUGGUAAGGCCUUUGGCUGCGUUGGUGGUUACAUCGCCAGCACCAACGCCCUGAUCGAUACGGUGCGCUCGUAUGCCGCCGGCUUCAUCUUCACCACCUCGCUGCCCCCCAUGCUGCUGGCGGGGGCACGGGAGUCCAUCCAGACGCUGAAGAGUGAGGAGGGCCGCACGCUGCGUCGCGGGCACCAACGCAACGUCAAGCUGCUGCGCCAAAUGCUUAUGGACUCGGGCCUUCCUGUGGUCCACUGCCCGAGCCACAUCAUCCCAGUCAGGGUCUCCAAUGCAGAGAAGAACACUGAAGUCUCUGAUAUCAUGAUGAGCCGAUACAACAUUUAUGUCCAGGCCAUUAAUUACCCCACAGUCGCCCGUGGUGACGAGCUGCUGCGCAUCGCCCCAACACCGCACCAUACUCCUGAGAUGAUGAUGUUCUUUGUUGGUAAGUAAAUAGAAUGGUGUAGGAUUUAAAAAAAUAAUAAUUAUUGGGAAUUUGACCUUGAUUGCAGUGGCUGGGUAGCCUGACUAUGUCAUACUCAUAAUUCUAGUCAGAAUAUGAGUCUGA